AGUGAUCCGCUAUUUUACACCAAGAAGAAAAGACUCAUAAAGCGAUUGCUCUGUCUUGUUGUUGGACAUUAGUGAGAGGUAAGGUGUGUUUACAUUAUUUAAUCUCUGCUUUACACUUAAAAACAUUUGGCAUUGUAUGAAACUAGUCUAGUUUAAUUCAGGUGUUUUGGGUCGAUGUCACAGCUUUCUAUUCGGUGCUGGUCAGGAUGGUUUUUGUAUCUGUUGUGACAUCCUGGACGCUGGAGAUCUUCGUAGUGUCUGUUUCUUUACGUAAAUUUUAUCCUAAACAGCAAUAACAUUGAACUACUAAGGAAAGUGUAGCUGCUUUUUCAACUAUCGUUUCGUCAUUACGCAAUGGGACAAAUGAGACUACAAUAAAAUAGGCAAUAAUGUGAAAUGAAGUGUUGCAGAAGAUUUGAAAGAAGACGAUACUGUAUUGACCUCAAGAGGGGAAAUUCUGUUGUUGCAGUAAGGCAUCUUUAAUCUUUUUAAUUUAGGAAUGAAUCCUGGUCAUCCUCCAGAAAUGCUGCAUGGCAUUGAUAAUCAAUCUGAUGUUGGUGAUGUCUCUUCCUGGAUAUCGGUGUGCCCCAGAGGUCUUUGGAAAGUCCAGCAAACGCAAACAGGAGAGAGGAGUCAGCAGCCAGCCCCCAGUCAUACAGAUGAUGCAUGUAUGAGGUUUUCCUGCUGCUUCCCCUUUUAAUAUAAAUGAUGAAUUCUCACUCAGAAUUAAGUAACAUUAUCUUCAUGUCGUCUGAACUACCACACAUCUUGUUUCUCUGUUUUUUCCCCCUAGCCCUCGGUUACAGUCCAAGGUUGGGGUCACUGUGUCAAGUCAGAGUGCAGCUCAAAUCUGAGGAGGAUAAAGCAGACAGCAUAGUGUCGGAAAACAGGAAUGAAAAACCUGACCAGGCACUCGCAGAAGUUGCAGAUGUCACAGCCUUCCCCAGAUGUCAUGACUCUGUGCUGCAGGUCCCUUUGGGUCGCUGGAUAACCAUUAGACUAGGAGAGGGUCAGUGUGACAUUACAGAAGCAUGUGUGGAGGGGAUGAGAGCGGGCGAGAAAUGUGAGGUAAGAGUGCAGGGGAAUUAGCUACUAAAUAUAGUGUUUCAACUACUAUUUGUGUUGUAUAUAGUAAAUACUUGUGUAUUAUCUCUUUAUUUUUACUUAUUUUAUCUAUUAUUUAUCUCCUCUCUUUACUGUAUUUGCAUUGGUGUACUGUGACAAAAGCAAUAUCCCCCUGGGGAUUAUUAAAGUAUUUCUGAUUCUGAUUCUAAUUAUUAUUUUAUUAUUUAUUUAAAGUACAGUCUUUCUGAUUAUUGUUCUUUGCUCCCCAGAUACUAAUUUCUCCAGUGGAAAAGUUAUCAGAUGACAAAAACACACCUUUAUGCUCCACAGUUGAACUCAAAGCUUUCACACCUGGCAAGGAAUCCUGGGAGAUGUUACCUGGUGACAAGUGGGAGUGGGUUAAGUCUCACAAAGAGAGAGGUGGAGUUAGAUUCAGGAGUGGAGAUGUAUGGGGAGCUGCAGAUAGCUACAGUCGGGCACUAAAGCUUCUCAUCACUCUCUAUGGCCAUGUGAGAGAGAGAGAGACAAAAGAAAGAGAACAAGAGCUGGAGGAGCAGAGGGACACAGACUCGUGUGAUAAAACACACAACCUUCCUUCACCCCAGGAGUUCAAAACUACCAAAGCAGAGCUCCACUCAAACCUGUCACUGUGCCAGCUCAAACUGAACCAACCGGAGUGGGCUAAGGCUAACGCAGCUAAAGCUACUCAGCUGGAACCAGGUGGAGCUAAAGCCUGGUAUCGUCUGGGCCAAGCCUGCCAUCGGGUGAAUGAGCUGGAGGAGGCCAAACAGGCAUUUAGGAAACUGCUGGAGCUACAGCCAGAAUCACCUGCUGCUUUGAAGGCACUGAAGAACAUUUCAAAUCAAGAGAAGGAGACAAACGCACGGUUGGGACUUAGACUCAGCAAAAUGUUUAGCUGAAGAUCUAGCAUUGUUGUCUGUUUAACAGUUUGUCAUGUUUCUCAAGUGAAAGGGAGCUUCUACAGAGACUCUCAGCUCAUCAGUGUAGUCAUGAUUGUCUGCAGCUUGUAUGUGAGCUCCCUGAAUGUAAGCAAAUAGUAAAAUUGCAUGCCAAAAACGCUAUCAGGUGGAUGCACUGAGUUUACUUGGGUGAUAAAAGCUCAUGAGAGCAUGGUGGUGGUCUGUAUUUUUGCACUGGAGAACAGUGAGCGCUAAUUGUGUGUAUAACUGUA